CAUUGCAAUCGCUGCUGCAAGCCUGCAACUCUACAAGACUUAGCGGGAAAGAAGAGAGAGAGAGAAGGGGAAGAGAACUCUGCACCGUCUGCCGCUGCUGUAACCACCACCGCGACUCUCCCUGCUGCUGUAGCCACCACCACCGCCGAGUGCCGUAGCCGCUAAGUCCAUUGGUGUUGUUUUGCUGUUUAACUGGGGAGUAUUGUAACGAAUUCGUGUUCGAUCGAAUAAAGAUCAGAAUGUCAGGUAGGAAAGAAACAGUUCUAGAUUUGGCAAAGUUCGUUGACAAGGGUGUGCAAGUCAAGCUUACUGGUGGCAGACAAGUUGUAGGAACACUAAAAGGCUAUGACCAAUUGCUGAAUCUUGUCUUGGAUGAAGCCAUUGAGUAUCUUAGAGAUUCCGAUGAUCCUCUGAAGACAACAGAUCAGACACGGCGUCUUGGAUUAAUUGUGUGUAGGGGGACUGCAGUUAUGCUUGUGGCGCCAACUGAUGGCACAGAUGAGAUCGCCAAUCCUUUUCUCCAGCCAGAUGGGGCAUAGGGCCGCCAUGAAUGUUUGUGCUUCGUGUUUUUUCAGUGUCCUUACGAACUAAGAUAAUCUAGAAGGCACUGCCAUGGGAGGAUAGCCUUUAUGUAUAUCCCGCCCAGUGUGGUAGUCUUUUGCGUUAGACAACUGCUUUCAUCAAGGCAUGAUAGAUGCUCUCCUUGUAUUGUAUUGAAGAACAGACACUAUAGUUGUAUUGAUGCAUGAAAAUGUUGCUAAAAUAUCAACUCUUCUCUCAUCUUACACUUCUAAAUGUUAGUUAAGGGUUAUAUACUUA